AAGACACUUGGCCAUGUUGAUCCGAGACAGCCACUGGCCAUGCCCAGCCAGCUCCAGCCAUCCCGCAAAUACCAAAGCUAGACAGAUACGAAGCGCCCAGGCCGGCCAGCCCAGCCGUCGGGACUUCCCCAAACGCGACCUCCGACUACCCCGCCCCAAGAGGGACGUCACCAAGCAGAUCCGCGCCGCACCGCGCCAGACUAAACACACAAGGCCGCCCGUCACCCCGCCCCCUCAGUCCGUGUCGAUACUAUCCGCCUGCCAGCCUAUUGGGUGUGUGAUAAAGGCCGCCCUGCAGAUAAGGGGAAGCACAGCGCUUGCAUAUCCUUUUUCUCCCGGAUCCCCGAGCCCCCCUGCCUGCAUCCGCAUCAUCCCUCGGCCGCACCACAGUCCCCCCUCCCUCUUCGCCGAAGCGCGCGCGGCGCAACGAUAUUUAGUGUGCUCCGAGCCCGCACUACGCCACCGUGCACCUCCGCCCUCCCCCUUCUUUCUUCCUUCUCCCCAGCAUGUUCCAGUCCGCAGCCCGCCUGGCCGCCAGGAAAGUAGCAUCAGCAGCAACAAGACCCGCGGCUGCGACAUCAUCAUCGCCAAUAACAGCAGCAGCGGCAGCACCGCACCCGAGGCCCGCCAUGAGCACAAACAUGUACAUCGCCGCGGCCGCCGUGGUCGCGGCGGGCGCGUACGGCGUCUACCUGCGGAGCCAGCCGCCCGUCAGGGCCGACGACGGGUCGGCAAAGUUCUUUGGCGGCUUCCCGCCGCUCAAGUCGCUGCGGUUGCACAGCGCCGAGUUGAUCAACCACAACACCAAGCGGCUGCGGUUCGAGCUCCCGGACAAGGACGCCGUCAGCGGCCUGAGCCUGACCUCGGCCACGCUCACCGUCUCCUUCCCCAACGGGUCGUGGGUGCCUGUGCCCAGGCCCUACACGCCAGUGAGCGAUCUGAACCAAAAAGGCUACGUUGAAUACCUCAUCAAGCACUACCCCGACGGCAAGGGCAGCACGGCCAUGCACAAUCUCAAGCCCGGCGAGCACGUCUACUUCAUGCCCAUCCCGGGCUACAAGUGGUCGCGCAACAAGCACACCCACGUCGCCAUGGUGGCCGGCGGCGCGGGCAUCACGCCCAUGUACCAGCUCGCGCGCCACGUGCUCGCCGACCCGGCCGACAGCACGCGCCUGACCCUCGUCUGGGGCGUCAACGAGGACCGGGACCUGUUCCUGGCCGACGAGUUCGACCGCCUGGCCGCCGAGCACCCGGGCCGCUUCAGGGCCGUCUACGUCGUCAGCAAGCCCGGGAGCGCCGGCAAGCACAAGGCGGGUUACGUCACGGGCGACCUGCUGCGCGAGGCCGGCGUCGUGCCGCCGGGCGGCGAAAAAGCUGCCGCCGGGGACACAAAGGUCCUGGUCUGCGGCCCGCCCGCCAUGGAGAAGGCGCUGACCAAGGGCGCCGACGGCGGCGUGCUCGGGGCCUUGGGCUUUGCCAAGGGGCAGAUACACCAGUUUUGAGGGGGGUUUUUUUUUUGGCGUGGUGGGAAAAGGCUAGCUGGGAAAGGAAGCGCGGGAGAGACUCGCAGCUAUCGUUGCAUGUGUUGCCAGGCCUCAAGUCUCAUCCUGAGUAAAUGGUCAGAUGUUUAUUUUAGACGUUAGAUGCAAGACACCGCCUCAUACCUCCUUCCCUGGAAACGGGAAUCUAGGUUUGUCGAACAGGGUCAGGGCGGCGGGCAGGAAAUGGAGUCCCUUGUCCAUCUUCAAGCCUCUAGGCAUCGUGACAAGGCACGAACCGGUCCAUAUUGACUUUCCCAACGCCCAGGGAUAUUCCUGCUCCAUUUCAAAGUGUUGCCGUUGCUCUGUCUAUACCCCAGGUGCGA